GGAGCAGCAUUUAAACUUACAGCUAGCUAGUUGACGCUGUUGUUCAAACGAAGAGCGAAGUACACAGCGGCGGUGGGAAAAACUCAUUUAUUACCUUUUGUUUUGUUUUUGCAACACUAUUCAAGUAUAUUUAGUUAAAUCGAUUGAUUAUUGGGUAUCGUACGCUACAUUUGAGCUAAUUUGGGGCACCUGAAUUGGUUAGUUUUGAUUUGAAUUCAAGUGGUUUUGCUCGGAAGGGUGGAUGGUUGGCUAGCUAGCCUGUCUCAAAGUGAGAUAUAUAUAUAUAUAUUCGAUUUAUUUUAUUUUUAAAUUAUAUAUAUUUUUUUCUUAGAUAUUUGUCAACUUAUCUUUUUUUCUGUAUUUUUGUGUUUUCGUAAACCUCGAGCACUUUUUUAUAAUUUUUUAAUAAUAAUAUAUAUUAUAUAUAAAAUAUGAGUGCGCCGGUAGCCAAGGCGGUGAAUCCGUCGACAAACGUAGACCCCAAAUCGGCACCUCUCAAAGACAUCCCAGAUAUUCUCGUAGAUCCCCGCACACUGAAGAAAUACAGCCGGGGACGAUUCCUCGGGAAAGGAGGCUUUGCCAAAUGCUACGAAAUCACAGAUAUGGAAACCAAAGAGGUUUUCGCCGGUAAAGUCGUCCCCAAAUCCAUGAUAGUCAAACCUCACCAGAGGGAGAAGAUGAGCUCUGAAAUCUCCAUUCAUAAGAGUCUCGACAAUCCGCACAUUGUGGGAUUUCACGGCUUUUUCGAGGACGACGACUUCGUGUUUGUUGUGUUGGAAAUUUGCAGGCGACGGUCUCUGUUGGAGCUGCAUAAGCGUCGUAAGGCUGUAACGGAGCCGGAGGCUCGGUAUUAUAUGAUGCAGCUGGUUAAAGGCUGUCAGUACCUACACAACAACAGAGUGAUACACAGAGACCUGAAACUAGGAAACAUCUUCCUCAGCGAUGACAUGGAUGUCAAGAUAGGUGACUUUGGCCUUGCCACUAAGAUAGAGUUUGAUGGGGAACGUAAGAAGACGCUGUGUGGAACACCGAACUACAUCGCCCCGGAGGUUCUCUGUAAGAAAGGACACAGCUUCGAGGUCGACGUCUGGUCUCUGGGCUGUAUCCUGUACACUCUGCUGGUUGGCAAACCUCCAUUUGAGACGUCUUGUCUGAAGGAGACCUACAACCGCAUCAAAAAGAACAACUACACCAUCCCCUGGCAAAUCAACCCUGUGGCGGCGUCUCUGAUCAAGCGGAUGUUGCAUGCCGACCCGUCCCAGCGGCCCACCGUCUCCCAGCUGCUGACCGAUGAGUUCUUCACCGAGGGGUACAUCCCCCUGCGCCUCCCCACCACCUGUCUCACCGUGCCCCCGCGCUUCUCCAUCGCUCCCUCCUCUCUGGAGCCCAGCCAGAGACGCCCGCUCACCGCUCUCAACAACAAGGCAGGGACAGAGAAGGUGGAACAGAAAGAUGAGCCACUGCUCAGAGAGAUUCCCGAGGCCACAGACUGCCACCUGAGUGACCUGCUGCAGCAACUCGACACCUGCAACGCUGCCAAGCCCUCGGAGAGAGGACUCAUACGCAUGGAGGAGGCAGAGGACCCAGCCUGUGUCCCCAUCUUCUGGAUCAGCAAGUGGGUCGACUACAGCGACAAAUACGGACUGGGCUAUCAGCUGUGUGACAACAGUGUGGGGGUGUUGUUUAACGACUGUACCAGGAUGAUCAUGUACGCUGACGGAGACAGUCUUCAGUACAUCGACAAGAUGGCUGCUGAGAGCUACCCUCAGUGUCCGCUCCUACCCCGCUACGCUAUCAAGAAGAUCACGUUGUUGAAGUACUUCCGUAACUACAUGUCGGAGCACCUUCUGAAGGCGGGCGCCAACAUCACGCCUCGUGACGGAGACGAGCUGGCCCGUCUGCCGUACCUCAGCCACUGGUUCAGAACCAAGUCGGCCAUAGUCCUCCACCUCACCAACGGCACCGUGCAGAUCAACUUCUUCCAG